AAACUUCGCGUGGAAAAAGGGCUUUAAAAUAUUUGCCCAACAUUCCUAACGCCAUGUCCAGUGUCACGGACGAGAAUGGUUCCUCGCAGUCGAGGAAUGCACCUCUCAUCAAAGAUGCAAAACGAAAGAAAGAGAAAAAGACGAAGAAAAAUGGUAAGGAUCGCGAAGUUACGGAAGUGGCAGAAACGUCCUUGAAUCUCGAGAGCCGAAAAUGGAAGAAGACAAAGAUCGAGGCUGGCAUUGAGGUGGAAGGAACGCAGGAAGAAACUGCUUCGGAAAAACCCAAGAAGAACAAGGGGAAGGACCAACAGAACAGAGAUAAAAGAAAAGCAGAAGGACUUCCGGAGGGAGGCAACACUUCGGAAACAGUUCAAGAAACCACAACGAAGAAGAGGAGACGUGAACUUGAGAUGGCGGACGAUGUAUUUGGAAGGCCAAAGAAGAAAUCCAAGAAACUAGAUUUCCUAGAUCCGAGAGAAGACUUGACUCUGUCAGAGCAAGCUCAGAAGGCCCUCUCCUACGCGUAUACUCAAUUUCAGCAUCCAAAGAAGUGGAAAUUCCACAAAGCGCGUCAGAAUUGGCUCAUACGAAAUUUUUGGUCGGACAAUACAAUUCCUGACGUUCAUGUUCCCCUUGUCCUCAGAUAUUUCGCUAACAUACAGGGUGGUGCCCGAGAAAAUAUCAUGAAAACAUGCAUGUCGAUUAUCAGAGUUUCUCAGGAUGAUAAAGUACAAGAAAAUCAAGAAAAAAUCACUGUUGGACAACAGUCAAUAGAGCAAACUGGAACACCUCCAAUACAAGGUCACUACGAAAUCAAGCGAAAACGAGCGAUGGAGCUUUUGAAGGUCCUUCAAACUUCCGUAGCAUGACGACCCGUAAGCCACAUUUUAUUUACACUUUGAUAAACUUCAACCGUAUUACCGAAAUGGCGAAAAAGUGUGCUGCGAAGGAGGAUCGGUGACUUACCGUGAGUUGGUAGUAGAAGAGAGACCACCUUGCCACCAAAUGUCAACGUCGAUUAAGGAUCGGUCUACCUGUCGUCCAAAGCUACAUCCCGGCCGCAGUGCUUCUCCUAUGAAUUCGUGUCCGCAGAUAGGUCUAGCGGUCGUUUGAACAAGUAAGAAGGCCGAUCUGAGCAACGUCUCUCGUACAGUGCAAGAUCUUCUCCUUCAUGGCUUCGAUAUGUGUACAUUUCGCUCCCUGGAUUUUAGCCUCGAAUCGCAGCCUGCCAGCUUGGAAGACGAUGAACCAAUUGGGCUCGACGAUCGCCCGUAAUCGACCUUAAUCUCGACAAUUGCAUAGUAUGUAUAAGGCUUCUUUGUUGCUAUAAAUGACCUCCAAAGUUUUACUGCGUCUGCG